AUGCAUCCUUCAGACACUGGUGCUGUCGAUCCAAGAAGUGGAAAGGUAACUUCCGGAUGUUGGCCAUCGCACCUGUCUGACGUACGACCACCAGAUGCAGAUCCUGCAGAAGGCGAAGCAACGAAUCAGGUGGAGUUGGCCACGUCAUUGCUGUUUACUAUUCCUGGGUUGGCCUCCGCAUAUCACACGUCCGUGGUCGUCAACGGCGAGGAAUUCUUCUUCUCGGAUAGUGGAAUCUUCGCAAACAUGACUUUGACAAGCCAUCAGGGCAAGCCGUCAGAGAAGUUGGCGAUGGGCCUGUCACACUGGACCGGCCAGCAGCUUUUUCGAGCUUUGCAAGAGCACUUUCGGCCAGGCACCUAUGACCUGAUACGGAAGAACUGCAACAGCUUCAGCGACUGUGCGUUGCACUUCUUGCUGAGAAAGAGACUGCCCUCUAAGUACUCUGCCAUGGAGUCAAUGGGGCAGCGGACGAGCUUGGACCUCAUCCAUCAUUUCACGAAUGGUGCAUACCAGCCGAAUCAGGCUGCUGCCAACUUCAGCACCGAGACAGUCAUACAGCAGCUGGACAGGCUUGACCCUCGAACUCUUGCAGCUGGCUGUACAGCUGGUACCGGCAAGAAUGCUCUGAGAAUAGGUGCCCCCGUCGCAGUUUGCGGCCUCAAAAACGCAGAGCACCUCAAUGGCCUCAGUGGGGGGAUUGUCGGCUACAACUCAGUGAACGGACGCUGGGAGGCAAAGCUCAGCAACGGUGACACAAAGGCUCUCCGUGCUGAGAACCUCCGACCGGAAGGCGAACGAGUCUACCUUCCGGGUGACCAAUGCAGGAUUCACAGCCUCCAAAGCGAUGCUGGCAAGAUACUCAAUGGCCGUGUUGGUGAAGUCAACCGCUACAUCCAUGACGUUUCCAG